UUAUGAAAACAGCCCGGCCAAAAUUCCCAAUUUGCUGAACUGUCGUUUCUUUACGGCCUACGGUGGUGUGGCGGUGGUGUGCGCAUCAAGGGAUUUCUUUACAGUUCGGUACUGUUGCUAGGGCUUCCUUGUCACACGGCCAAACGACGUCAACGUGCUGGCGCUCCCGCUCCUACCUCUUUGAUGUUGGUUGCCGGGCACUAAUUUCCCAUACUGGUUCAUUUCACCGCGUUUCUAUUUAAUAAACAUGUUUUUUUUUUUCUAAAAACAAAAAAAAAAAACAAAACAGGAAACGGACCAGAGGUCUAUCAACACCGAUGGAAAUGAAACCAAAACGCGGAAACAGUUAACUGCGUUUAUAGGUUAACGGAGGAUCUUAUUGUGGGUUUCAUACAAAUUUUUACUUUUAUCUGGAGUGAUAUGGAGGGGGUCUCAUAAUAACUUACGAACGAUUUGAUACUCAAAUAAUUCCAAUCCAACAGCGAACGUCGAGCGCGGGUGAGAAAACCGCCUUUUUUUGUUUUUUGAGCGGUUUGAAUUUAGGGGGAAGUGGAAGGGGGUCGAUUUUUAAUCAUUUCUAUCGAUACCUUAGACGAGUGUGUCGUCUGCUUUCAUUUUUUGAGAAGUUUCAGAUCACGUUUUGAGAAAUGUACGUGGUUGCACGAAAAAUAGGGCAAGAAAUAAGAUUACAAAAAUGUGAUCUUCGUGUCAACUGGUGUAGCCGCUCUCCACUCUAUGCUGUCUAGCAGGUAAAUAUAACAAAGAAAACAAAUGGAAAUUUAAAAGAGUUAAACCUGAACUUCAAAUUUGUGAAAUGUUAGUGCCAUGGCAGUUUGUUUGCACUGAGUAACCUAUUCCUUUGUGCAGAUUUCAAGCCUGAGCCAGCCAUCAUAACCACAAGCUAUGCAAGUUUUGCUGGUGCUGGUAUUGCCAAAAGCUGUCAUCUGCAACGAUCUCAGAAUCAUCACUUGGUUGGAUAAACAGCAUCCCAUUAGAGAAACUACCGAUGUCGUUCGAGUUACAGAUCUCUUCUUCCCCAUCCUGUAAAUGUCCUUUACCUUCGUGUACGCCCAUUUCUGUGUGGGGGUAUUCACGAGUCUGAAGACCUUUUUUGUUAUCCCGCCUGGUGUAACAUUCAACUUUCCAACAGAUGGAGCAAUUGUGAAUUGCUGGCUUUAUUUCCCAGGCUUAAAGAAUCAUAGAGAUCGAGGGUGAAGAUGGUUCCGCGAGCGCCGCUCUCUAAACUGGCGGCCGGCCUCUUCUUCAUCAGUUUCCUCAUUUACGUAGUCAUCAUCACUCGGCUGGAAGGCGGCCAGUUUGGCCAUGUUGCUGAUCCGGCUUCCUUCAGUUCCCGAAUGCUCAUGAAUCAUCCGGCCAGCGGUUCGGGAGAUGGCAGCAUUCUACACGAAACCAUCUCAAAUUCAGGUGUCAUCACUGCUAUUGACAAUAUGGUCAACCAAAUUGGCACGGCAGGGACGGAAUUGACCGAAAAUCGGGUCAAAGAUAUCAGUAAUGAAAUCGCAAAGCAGAUCGCCGAUUACGUCGUCCAGAAACUCGGCAAAACCGCCACAAACAGCAAUGUGUGCUACGGCUGCUGGAAGCACGGCAACACCACCGAUUUGCCCGUUAUCUAUCUGGUGACACCGACUUACAGGAGACCCGAACAGAUUCCGGAUCUGACACGAUUGGCCCAGACGCUGCUCAACGUGCCAGCCGUCCACUGGAUCGUCGUCGAAGAUAGCAGCACUCUCUCCCCUGCCAUCGCUUCCCUUCUGAAACGCUAUGGAAUACCACAUACGCAUCUUAAAGCUCAAAUGCCUGAAAAAUAUAAAAAAUCGAAGCUCAAGCCACGAGGGGUCGCCAACCGGAACGCGGCGCUCGACUGGGUGCGUAGCAAUUGCAAAUCGGGCGUGGUUUACUUUGCGGACGACGACAACACCUACGACAUCAGACUUUUCGAAGAGAUGCGGUUCACCAAGAAAGUGUCGAUGUGGCCAGUGGGGCUUGUGACCAAAGUUGGCUUGAGCUCGCCCGUCGUUAACGAGAAAGGCGUCGUCGUCGACUUUUUUGACGGCUGGAUGGCCAAUCGAAAGUUCCCCGUGGACAUGGCUGGAUUCGCCGUCAGCGUGCAGCUCGUCCUCGAGAAAUCCGAUGUGUACAUGCCUUACGUUCCCGGUCACGAAGAGGACGGCUUCCUAAAGAAACUCGAUAUCACGCCCGCUGAUAUUGAACCAAAAGCGGAUCGGUGCACUCAAAUCUUCGUUUGGCACACGCAGACCAAAUCCAACAGCCCGGCUAACAGGACAACGGCGGCCGGAAAACGGUACAAAGGAACGAACAUUGACAUGUUGCAGGAAUGGAUCGUCUGAGAUUGGCGCUUCCCGGUGCCGCCGAACUCAAAUUGCUGCUCGCGUGUUUAUCUGAAUGUGUGAGUGUGUGUUAGCGUGUGUGGGUGUGUGUUGAGAAAAAGAAAAAAGUUGAAAGAGAAAUCAUCUUUUCCAUAUCUCACGGAGGUGAUGAAAAUAAGACCGUCGUGACGAAUAGAGAGAGAGAGAGAGAAGGAGAGAAAAGGGUAUUAUACAUAUAUAUACGAACGAGCAGAUUUUGUGCGUGAUAUGCGGUUUCCAGAUUCUAUCUGAUGUCGCAAAAGCAGACCCCCUCCUCACUAUUAGCCCCAUACCAAAUCCGCAGGAGCAAGCCAUUCGUCUUCCCACUGCUCUCUCAUUCUCUUUUUAUCGAUUCUUACAUAUAUAUACGCUGCCGUCUCUCAUUCACUUACGCCCUGCAUCUUUUCUCGUUCCGCUGUUCUUCCUUUCCAUACAUCCACCAUAUCUCAUUUAAACUGGAACUCGGUCCGUCGGGGGGUGGGUUUCCAAUUUUUUAACUCUUUUAAAAAAGAAAUUAAUUCAUCCUCUGGUUCCUUAUUGAAUAGCCUUUAUAUCUUGUACUAUAUAUUCUAUCUGUCCUUGUAGCUCUUCAGCCAAGUCCUCACAUCUUCAAUAGAUUCCCCCCCCCCCUGUCCCUGCUGACACUGCAGUACUUCCCAUUCAACCCCCUUUGGAACAUGUUCAAAAAGUGUCUCCUCCUUCAUCCCUCUAUUAUUCAGUGUGCCUAUACAUGUACAUAUUUCCCUACAUGCAGUUUUGCGACAUUUUUGGGCUUCUUCUUCUUUUUGAUAUGACAGUAUAUCUACCUGUAGUCUUCUACCAAUGCAUGAUAUUGAAAUAUAUUCAAAGUGAAGCUUGGAAUUCACAAUCCAAAAACA